UUGGAAAGAAAAAUAUUGUUCAAAAAUUAGAAUUUUUCGGAACGAAACCGGCGGAAAUUAGAAUUUUUGUUCCGACUUUUUACUCUUAGUUGUCAAACAUUCUUUAGUUGGAAAUGCUAAAAGUGCUACUCGAAUAAAAUUGUUUUUAACAACAUAUGAAAGUGCUGAAGUAAGAAAUAAAGGAAAAGGCAAAAUAACAGAAAGAAACAGAAUAAAUUGCGUCAGCACAGAAUUCAUAUUUCAUAAUCCUCUGUUCCCGCAAUUCUGAAAAGAGAGAAUUAGGGUUUUUCUCCUCUUAAUUGGGCGUCGGAUUAGGAAGUUUCGCUGGUUUCAGAAAUUCGCUCGUAAUUGAUCGGAACCCACUCCGACGAAUUGCUUCGUAAUCUUCAUCACAGGUGAUCGUUAAUUUUUCUUUCUUUUCCUAUUUGCAACACUUUAUAGUGCAAUAUAGCUGUUUGUGUUAAGAUUUCUACCCAGUUUAAUUACUUCGCAAUUGUGAAAUCCUGCUUUAACUUCGAUUAUUUGGUUCAUUUUUUUUAUAUUUACUCAGUGUUCAUACCCUUGAUUGAAUCUGCAAUUUCAGAAUUUGAAAUCGAUUCUUCGGUACAAUCCAAAAUCAAAGAACGAGGAAGAAGGAUGACGUCAUCAACGUCGUCAUCAAUUCCAGAGGCAGAAAAUUCCGAUAGAAUUAGCGGCAUGCCAGACGAUGUCCUCGUUCACAUUCUCUCAUUUCUCCCAACUACGAUCUCUGCAAAAACAAGCAUUCUUUCAAGAAGAUGGAGGUUUCUAUGGGCCUACGCCCCCAAUUUAAUUUUCAAAACGGACGACGAUGUAGACUCUGACAUCGUCUACAGGGUUAUGCUGCUACGCAGAUCGGAAAACAUCAAUACUCUCCGCAUGACGGGGUGCUUCCCAUGCACCGAGUUACAAUUCGACACGUGGAUCGCCUAUGCCGUUAUGCGAGACGUGCGGAAUCUUGAUCUUUGGGUUUCAGGUUGUCGUAUUCUUCCUCAGUGCCUUCUCAAUUGCAAGACCCUAGUCGAUUUGAGGCUCACAAAUUGCAGUGUAAUCCCCGAGGCGGGGCCCAUUUGUUUGCCUUGUCUGAAGAAUCUUCAUCUAAUUCAUGCUAGAUAUGAAAGUGACGAGUCACUCCCUCACCUUCUCUCUGGUUGUACAAUGCUUGAGGAGUUUGUACUCAUGUUAGACGAAGACUCGCUUUCUUGUUAUAAUAUAUCGUCACCCACAAUCAAAAGGCUCACGGUCCAUUUUCACUUUAGUGAUUCCACAUCUUACGAGUGCAGGUUGGUUAUUGAUACGCCUGCACUUGGAUAUCUCGAAAUAUGCGACCAUUUCGGCAAAUUCGCACCGUUAAUUGAUGCGGAGAUCCAUCUUGAAGAGGGUAAGAUCAAGAAGUACGAUUUUCUUUAUUGUCGAUCCAUACUGAAUUUUAUCGAUUGGCUCGGAAUCCUGAAUCCCAAGAGCAUGCGGUUAAAUGUAUCAGCGUAUCUAUCUGAGCAGACUGCAGAAUCGGAAUUCUUUGCGGGGAAUAUAAGUUUUCCUACCUUAACCAAACUUGAAGUGGUUGCUGAUUGUUUCCUCGUCUCACAGUUCCUCAAAAAGGCUGAUAAUCUUGAAAUCCUUAUUUUCCAUGAGGUAAGUGAAGAAGUACAGAGCUAUGUUUGGGUUGAACCACCACAAGUGCCUAAAUGCCUAUUAUCACAUCUUAGGGUUGUAAAGUUCGCUUUCAAGGUAAACGAAAUGAAUAAUUUCGCAUUGGUAGGAUUUCUUUUGAAGAAUGCUCGAGUUUUGGAGGAAAUGGAAGUACAAUAUUCCGGGACGUCUGAUACCGAUGAAAAGAUCAAUGAAAUGGGAUUAAUUGAACGAGCAUCAAAGAAGUGUUCAGUUACCUUUGUUAAGGUUGUUUACAGAUAAUUGUAAGCAAUGAAGUGCUUUAUUUGGCCUUAUAAACUUUCAAUUUUUUGUUACUGUU